UUUUGUCUUGUAGAGUCUCGCUAAUGAAAGUUGAACCUGAUGAAAAAAUGCGGCAUUUAAAAAAAACUGUAGCAGGCGGCUCUUUGAUUUCAAGGAUUGCAUAACUUUUAUACUUUUUAUAAUUUUCAUAUUCUAGAAAUCAUAAAAAGUAUAAAAAAUAUUGGUUUAAAGUUUUAGUUUAAGGACUAUUUUUUGUCUGGUAUCACCAGCAAACGUCAGAAAUCCACUCAAGGCAAUAUCCGAGUUUACAAUAGGUACAUAUUAUAAUGUCUCGAAGCGCUGGUGGCCUAGCGGUAGAGCGUGCGAUUUUCAAUCCGGAGGUCGCGGGUUCAAACCCCGGCUCGUACCAAUGAGUUUUUCGGAACUUAUGUACGAAAUAUCAUUUGACAUUUAUCAGUCGCUUUUCGGUGAAGGAAAACAUCGUGAGGAAACCGGACUAAUCCUAACAAGGCCUAGUUGCCCCUCUGGGUUGGAAGGUCAGAUGUUGCCAGUCGCUUUCGUAAAAACUAGUGCCUACAUCAAUUCUUAGGAUUAGUUGUCAAGCGGACCCCAGGCUCCCAUGAGCCGUGGCAAAAUGCCGGGAUAACGCGAGGAAGAUGAUGACAUAUUAUACUGUCUUGUUAAGUUUGUCUUAACCAGUAAACGUCAACGUACCUGUAUAAACAGAUAUUUUAACACCUGUGUUAAUUAAUAUUUUAAAAGAGGUCAUUUAAAAGACGCUAGCUCCAAUAAUAUUUAGUUCCACUCGUACAUUGAUGUCCUAUCUACUAGUACGCAGGUAACAGAACGAUUGCAUUUUUUUAUACUUAUUAUUUUUAUUGCGACACUUAAGAUUUUACUAACUGCUAUUAUUAGCGAUUACGUCAGAAGAUAUUCCUACUGUACAUAAAAUGGUUCUUAUUGAAUCAGCGGCGUUUGCGAUUUGCAUAGGUGCACUGUACUUUUAUUUCACCAGAACUUUCAAUUACUGGAAGGCUAGAAAUGUCCUAGGACCGAAGCCAGUGCCAUUUUUUGGAAACAUAUUUGAAUCUGCUUUGCGCUAUGUGCAUCCUGGAGUUAUAAUAAAGCGAAUAUACGACAACUACCCUACUGAGAAAGUCGUAGGAAUGUUUAGGAUGACAACUCCCUGCUUGUUGAUACGUGAUCUCGAUAUUGUGAAACACGUUCUGAUCAAAGACUUUGAUUUUUUUGUGGAUCGUGGUAUCGAGUUCAGCGACGAAGGACUGGGAACAAAUCUGUUCCAUGCUAAUGGGGUAACUUGGCGAAAGCUAAGAAGUCGCUUCACGCCCAUGUUUACUAGCCAAAAACUAAAGAACAUGAUGCACUUGAUUAAUGAUCGUGCAGAUAAGUUUAUUGACUACAUCAGUGAAAUAACAUUUAAGAACCCAGAACAAGAUAUUUAUUCAUUGGUGAAGAAAUACACAAUGUCCACGAUGGCGGCAUGCUUCUUUGGUCUUGAUAUUGAUACUCUCCGCGGAGAUACACAAACUAUGAUGAGAAUCGACAAAGCCAUAUUUACACCUACUUUUGCUAUAGAGUUUGAUAUGAUGUACCCUGGAUUACUAAAAAAAAUGAACAUGUCACUAUUUCCAAAAGAUAUUAAGAAAUUCUUUAAAGAUCUAGUGGAAACUAUAAUGACUCAAAGAAAGGGAGAGCCGUCAGCUAGAAAAGAUUUUAUGGAUUUAAUUUUAGAGAAUCAAAACAAGAAAUCCCUUGAAACUAUUAACAGUGACACUAAUGCUGAAGUAUUAACAAAUGAUGAAAUAGAAGCACAAGCAUUUGCAUUUUACGCAGCUGGCUAUGAUACCUCUGCCUCCACUUUGUGUUUCAUGUUAUACCACCUGGCAUUGGAACCUGAAAUCCAGAAUAGGUUGAGAAAUGAAAUAGACGUAUAUCUACAUAGACAUAGCGACCAAAUAGAACUGGACACCUUUAAUGAAUUGCCAUAUUUAGAUCAAGUUUUGAAUGAAACACUUCGAAUGUACCCUGUUGAUGAUACUUUACUACGGAAAGCACGUAAUGAUUAUAAAUGUCCCGGCACUAACAUAGAGGUGUCACGAGGACAAAUAAUACUGAUACCCGCGAUAGGAAUUCACCAUGAUGAGAAGUACUAUCCAAAGCCUGAGAUAUUUAAUCCUGAAAAUUUCGCUCGAGAAAAAGUAACUGGCAGGCACCCGUGCUCAUUUCUCCCGUUUGGCCUCGGGCCAAGGAAUUGCAUUGGGAUACGAUUUGCGCAAACACAGAUACGGGUAUGUGUCAUCAGACUGCUUUCUAUGUUCAGAAUAGAAAUUUUCAAGAAUACCGUUCGCUCCUUCUGCUUCGACCCAUACCGCAUUCAUAUUGCCCCAAAUAAGAAGCUCUACGUGAAUUUCUACCCACGAAUGGAUCUGAACCUGUGAUUUGAAUAGAGUACCUAGAGUAACCAUUUACAAACGCGUUGACACAAUUCUCAUCACAGUUGUGCGGUAACGGUAAUAAUCGCCAUCAGAUAUAUCCACAGACCACCCUCUAGGCGGUUUUCUGUGGAUAUAUCAGUGGCCAAGGUGCCCAUAGAUAUCUAUAUAUCUAAUUGACCACGCCACAAUUGUCAAGGUGUUACGAGUCCGUGUUCAGAUAUUUUUGAGCACCUCGGGCGCUCCGAUACAUCUGAUAGCGACUGAACCAAUAAAUUCUACCUAUGUUUAGACACGUAUGGAUUACGUAUGUUAGAUUUCUCCUAACAAAAAGACGCUGUUCUGUCAAAACAAUUGAACAAAUAAACGUAAUGGGGUUGGCCGGUCGAAAUAAUUAGCAGAUGGCGCCAGCAUAGCUUGCCCUGUCAAUCCCUAGAAUUGUGUAAAAUUUUUGUUUUCUUAAUGCCCUUUAAGCCAAAUCUCAUAGAAAAAGGGGCAAGCUAUGAUGGCGCCAUCUCUGCAAACCUCUCACACAUUGAUUUGUUCCAGCAUAGUAGUACAAUCGGAUUAGGUCUAAACUCGAAAUCCUUACAAAGUCGCAGUCGAGUAAAAUGUUGAUAUUGGGGUAUAACGUGUACAAAUGUAUAGACAAAAGUAGAAUUCAUAUUCCUACAAGUUUCCUAUUAAGAUAGCAUCCCCUGAAAGGGUAUAAGCGCUAAAUCUGGAUUCAGCUAUUAUUUUCUAUAACAAGAUGUAUUUUUUCCGCAAAGAUAUCUAGGACUUUUUGUGCAUAAUUUAAUAAGCUUUAAUGUUGCUUUACAUCAUAUUUUCACAGAGAACGUAGAUUUAGAGUAAAACGCAAAUUUCUCCAGGAUGAUACACAUUUUUAAAGAUGGCUGCGAUUCCUCGAGGUCCCCAAAUGUGAAAUGGACAUGAAAAAGAGACCUUUAAUUAACAUACAUACCAAAUUUCAUAACUUUGGAAGGAUUUCGAGGUUAGACCUAAUCCGAUUGUACUAUAGGUGUAAUAGAUUUGUUUCUAUCAUCAAACAAAACAAAAAAUUAAAUGGCAAAUUCCGUUACUUCGUAGCUCGUAAUAAAAUUGUAAUCUUGUGUUGUAUUGUUAUAAUUGUUAUUGCACUUAAACUAUCGUGAGACAUAUUUCAAAAUAUUUAUCAGUACGGUUUUUACUCACUAUUAUUUUUAGUCGCUUUUUGUGACAUGUUUAAUAAUUGUUAUUGUAAUUGUACCCAUCUGAUAUUUCAAAUUCUAAAUUGAAAAUUGUGCACAAUUGGAAAAUAACUUUUCCAAUUUAGUGAUAGUGGUUCGCCAAAAAACGCUGUUAAAGCUAUGAAAAUCGGCACGAUUGAUCUUUAGUCCAUAUAAAUCAAUUUGACCCGAAGCACCAAAAAAUGAAAUAAAAAGGAGAGGAGUUAUGACAUCAUAUUUUUUUUGUAUGGAAAAAUAGUUAUUUGUUAUACAAGGGUGCAAAGUUGUAUUUUACCCGCGAGUGUGGAAUUGAUACACGAGCAAGCGAAAGGAUUCUAUAGGUGGUUCUAAAAUAGAAUCCUAAGCGUAACGAGUGUUUCAACACACGAGAAGUAAAAUACAUUUGCACCCGUGUGUAACACAAAACUUUUCCCCUCACUAUAGCGAGGAAAGUGCAACAUCCACAGGCGUUAGAUCAUCUUCAUCACUGGAAUUACAAUUUUUUUACGGUAAUACGAUAUUAUAACAGACAACUCUGAAAGUUAUGUAUUUUUACGUGUCGGAGUCGGUGAGAAAAUUUUUGUUGACAAUGUUGACAUUUCUGACGAUGCUUUCUGAAAUUGCAUCGACUCUACUUAUGCGUUCAGAAUUACAUUCAACAUCAUUUAAAAAAACAAAUGUUUCUUAUGUAAUUUAAGGUUUAUGACUUAAAAUCCUUAAAUAAAGCUACUUUUGUUUUUUUUUUUAAUCUCAAACCAUUUAUUUAAUGAUAAUUAAUAUCGAACGAACCAUUAUUAUGAGCGUUUUACGUUUUGUUAUCUGUCAAAAGCUACUUAAACACGCUCUAUCCAAGGUCAAAUUACUUUCCCCACUAGUGGAUAAAAUGCGUUUUUCCCCGCUUGUUUUAAAGGAUAAAGACGGCUUUCCGAGCUAGUGAGGGGAAAAAUAUAUUUUUGUUCAUAAACCUAUCGUGUGUGGUAUUAAAUGAAAGGGCUUUCUGAGCCGGUUCUAAAAAUAUAUCACAUCAUUACAUUUCAGUCACGUGUUUCAAAUUAAAAUUAAAAUAAUUUCAAAACAUACCAAGUUUGAGCUCCUUCAGAUACGAUACCGUUAUUUAUUUUUUUGUAAAAUAUACCACAAAUAAUACCUAAUAUACUCAUAUUUAAUACCUAUAAAGUAAUUUUGAAAAUAAUUUCAUUUAGUUUUUUUUUUCAAAAUAUUAAAAAAUAUACACUUAAGAAAUAUUAGGAAAAAAAACUAAAUGAAAUUAUUUUGAAAAUUGCUUUCUUGGGGUUAAAUAUGAAAAUACUACGUAUCAUUUGUGGUAUAUUGUACAAAAAAAUCAGUUAGAUAAUAUAUCGUAUCUGAAGGAGCCCAAACUUGAUAUUACCUACGUAUAAUUUUAUGAUUAAUCCGUAUCUGCAGUAGUUCCAUAAGUCUCGAAAAAUAGGUAUGAAGUCAACUGUGUUACUUUGUAAUAUUAAAAAAUUAAAAAAAAAAACAAUGAAAUUAUUUUCAAAAUUGCUUUCUUGGGGUUAGAUAUGAGGGUAUCCAUAUCAUUUGUGGUAUAUUGUACAAAAAAACCGGCCAAGUGCGAGUCGGACUCGCGCACCGAGGGCUCUGAACUUUUUAGUAUUUGUUGUUAUAGCGGCAACAGAAAUACAUCAUCUGUAAAAAUUUCAACUGUCUAGCUAUCACGGUUCAUAAGAUACAGCCUGGUGACAGACAGACAGACGGACAGCGGAGUCUUAGUAAUAGGGUCCCGUUUUUACCCUAAAAAAUCUGCCAUAUCGUAUCUGAAGUAGCUCUGAAAUGUAAUAAUGUGAUAUAUUUUUAGAACCAACUAGCUCAGAAUGCUCUUUCAUAUACCACACGCGAUAGGUUUCUAAACAAUUUUUUUCCCAUACAUAAAAAAAGAUGAAGUCAUAACUCCUCUCCUUUUUUAUUUUUUGGUGCUUCGGUUCAAAUAGAUUUAUAUGGACUAAAGAUAAAAUCGUGCCGAUUUUCAUAGCUUUAACACCACUUGCAGCAUUUUACUGAAUUUCGGGGUGAACCGUCAGGACUAUUCUAAAUUAUGCUUGUUAUAUUUUUAUUCGUGCUCGUGGAAUAUUUGUUAAAUUCAACUUUUAAAUUCAAAAUACCUACCUAAUAAUUGUGUUUUUUUUUUCGGAGGAAAGGAAUUUUGUAUUAACUAUAAGUGGAAACUCUU